AUGGGCUGUGAAGCUACUCAACUUCGACAUCUAACCAGCACAGAGAGACGAUCCAUGCAGAUACACGAGCUGGAAGAAAUUAGACACCUAGCCUAUGAAAGCUCAAAGAUCUACAAGGAGCGAACUAAAGCCUAUCAUGACAAGAGAAUCACCACCCGCAACUUUCAACCUAAGGAUCAAGUGCUCCUUUUCAACUCAAGGUUACGAUUGUUCCCUGGAAAGCUGCGAUCAAGAUGGUCCGGACCAUUCACCAUUAAAGACGUCCGCCCCCACGGAGCUGUUGUGUUGCUGAACACAAAAGGGGAAGAGUUUGUUGUCAAUGGUCAACGCAUAAAGCCAUACCUUGCUGAGACAAAAAUCGCAGAGGGUGAAGAAAUUCCCCUUAGCGAUCCUUCCUUAGCCUAA